UUUUUAAAGUAACUGACAAAAUUUUACAUGUUGAAUGCUCCAUGAUGAAGACUUAGGAGGUCUAAAGCGCCAUAUAUAAAUACCAUAGUCUUAAUCUAAUCUUCACUUUGGAGUGUUUUUUACGUUUGUACUUUUAAAAAUGUGCGACUAUUGUAGAAAUCCCUGUGGCUGCGAUUAUCGUUGCACCACCGAAUAUCCUCCUAGACGUUGUCGUUCGCUGGGACCAUGUGAUCGUUGUGAUACGAAAUUCUCAGAUAUGGUGCCGCCCAGUUUCCUAUGCCGCACUGCCUCGGAAAUCGAGCGACUGCGUAAGAGAUCUUGCAGCUGUGCGCUCAAUCGUAAAAAGGGCAUUAAGAAUGCGGUUUGUAAUUUUACGGGUAAGGCCAAUUGCAGAAGUAAAGGUGGUCCCAAAGAGAAGCGUGGCCAAGACUGCGCUACUGAAUGCGAGGUAGUCGAUUCGGAUGAAUCGGAUGACUCAUCGGAAUCUAGUGAUGCAUCUGAGAGUGAAGCAGCGGGCGCAGGAGGCGAAGCUUCAGCAGCUAGUGUUGCUUUUGGGGCAGAAGCAGGAGGAGGAAAUGGUGCUAAUGCGGGCGCAAUGGGAGCUGCUGGUUAUGGAGCGUCCAACAACUGGAACAGCGGCAACAAUUAUGCUGGCGCCGGUGGGGCUCCCAACGGCUAUCAAGGAGGAGUCGCUGCCAACGGAGGUAACCAAAUGACAGUGCAUAACAUGCCGGCGGCUGGCAUGCCCAGCAACCGGCCUCCACAAUUUGAUCCCUGCACCGGCCGUGAAGUCAUGCCCGUUACGCCCUGUAUGGCAACAAUGGCAGCUGUUACAUCCUACAUGCCUUGUCUAAUGCCCUGCUGGCCUCCGCAACAAUUUAGUCAGAAUCCACUGGCAGCACAGCCAAACGCUUUUGGUGGUGCUAUGGGCAUGCAACAAGAUCAGCUGGCGGCAAACACUUUCCAAGCUGGAGAUACAGCGGACGAGCAAGGCAAUCCAAAGGGCAAGUCAAAAUCCAAGCAUAAAUCAAAGUCCAAUAACGGCUGUAACUGUCUGGAGGAGCUAGCUAAGCAACAAGAGAAGGAGAUGAAAAAGGCACAAGCCAAGGCCAAGAAUGUCUGCAACUGUCUAGAGGAGCUAGCUAAGCAACAAGAGCAGGAAAUGAAAAAAGCACAAGCCAAGAACGGCUGUAACUGUCUGGAGGAGCUAACUAAGCAACAAGAGAAGGAAAAGAAAAAAGCACAAGCCAAGGCGGAGGCCAAAGCCAAGACCGGCUGCAGCUGCCUGGAAGAGCAGGCUAGGCAACAAGAGAAGAAAGAGAGAAAAGCACAAGCCAAGGCGGAGGCCAAAGCCAAAGCUGAAUGCAACUGCACGGACGCUCAGCUUAUUAACUGUACUCCUAACGAUCCGAAAGUUAUUGAACGCAUUUGCGAGUCGCUGCAUAUUCCACGUCCGGAAGGCACCUGCUUUUUACUGCUACCCAUUGGUGGCAACAACAUGUCGUCGGGUAAGGGCAAAAAGUCCGAGGAUGCGCUCAAGGGCAGCCCCAGCUCCAAACGUAAGGUGAAGAAAGCCAAAGAUAAGGACAAGGAUGCGACUACUGCUGGUGAAAAGGGUAAAGCAGAUGAGUCCCGCGAAGGCCAGGCUGGACAUGGAGCCGAGUUAGCUGCUGGCCCCUGCUCCUGCGGCUGUGGGGUUAAUAACUGCAUGAAAUCUACACGCAGCUGUGGCUGCAAUGCCACACAAAUGGGCAGCGAUGACAGCACUCAGACGCCGCCACCAGAGUCAGUGGGCGAAGAAAAUCAAUGCGAAAAUAGUUGCACCCCUAGUCCCAACUGUUGUUAUUAUCCCUGCUAUUCCUAUUGCUACAAUCCCUGCACAGGUUGCUACUACUGGCGCAACAACUGUUGUCGCUGUAAUAAUACUUGCUGCAACAACUGCAACGCAAGUAACUCAUGCAACGCUUGUAACGGCAACAGUUGCCCACUGAAAUCUAAAGGUACGUCCCAAGCUGGCACUCCCGGAGCACCUGCUCCCAAACCCAAGACUGCAGCAGUUCAGCCUUCCAAGGGCGGUGCAAAGGGCAAUGGCAAGGACAGUGAUGAACGCAUUUUAGCUGGCGCCAUAACGCCAUUCCAGCCCGAGAUGCAGGAGUACUAUGAUCAGUGGCUGCAAUAUCAGCAAUAUAACAGCAACAUGCACGUGGGCUAUGCUCAGAUGCCCAGGCACAUGCAUAUGAAUCAGCACAUGCGGCGCACGCCCAUUUGCUACCAAUCGCCACGUUGCAUGUGGCAGCAACAACAAAUGGGUCAUGGAAUGGGGCAUGCAGCACAACAGCCUGUGGACAUCGAUUGGACGCCACAGUGACUUACGCAAUCUGACAAAUUUUAUGUGGAAACGAAAAACAAAAAAAGUUUGCAUUUAAGGACGUGAAUGAACAUUUAAAUUUAUAACAGGGCUGGAAAACUAUCGAUAAUUUAUAAGCGUUGCUAUCGAUAGUGGCUUUAACUCAAUGGCAAAAAUUUAGGCGCUUGCAAUAAAUCAAAUUUUUAGUACAACAUUAUUUCUUAAGUCAAAGUAGGCAAACAGAAAGAAUUGUAAGAUUUAAGAUGAGGUUAAGUGAUUCUUUUUGCAGCAAUUUAAAAUUAAUUUUAAUGGAAUGGAUACGAAAAC